AUGCUUCUUUCAAUGGAUACCUCCUUCAAAGGCACCACCCUCAAUUCCAACUACCUGAUGCCCAUCUCUGGAGCCGAGUACGGUUUCAGCACGUUUCCAUGGGAUUGCGAUCUGUCCAGCGGAAACUGCUACUCGUAUGCGCUCGGUUUCUCGCACGCGCAAGAGCAAAAGGCCCAGCCGUCCGACCUAGCAAUGGCAUAUCCGGAUCUGGUCAGAAAUUUUGAUCUCAGAGAUCCUGGAGUCGACCUCCAGAGAGGGUGUCCGGACCUAGACAACUCCAUCCUCGCGGACGGAAUAGCCGCAGCGAGAAUCCAGGACGGCAACCUCGGCACGAAACGGAACAGAGAAUGGACCACAACAGAGAAGACAGACUGGAAGAAAGCCGCAUCGCCUGGCUGGUACAAGAUGUGCGCCGUCAUCGGGGCCGAGGACUUCCACUUCCUCCGCCAGGACGUCCUGGACGUCUACGAGCUGUACUCAACCCAAUUGCACGGGUAUCAUGAGGUCGCCUCGCCCAUCGUUCAAAAAUACUGGUUCGGAGGAUCCCUCUGGCAGACGCAGGCCGGCGGCCAGGGCUUCUACAAGUCCAAUGACACCCCCUACGACAUACUCGGCCGGACACGUUGGGCAAAAAUGGCGAAUCCGAGGGGCGUCGUUCAGAGAUACCUGGAUAGAUUGAAGACCGCCCUAGUGCGAGGCGGGGGAUGGCGCAAUCCUCAAAUGUUCACAGAUGUUCUCGAGAUUGCCCACAUGCUGAGGUGCAUCAAACUGUCCCCAAGGUUGGCGCGCAGCUACUUUUGCAUCUAUCAUGCAUCGACGCAGGCGUAUGUGAUGCUGCCGGUUGAAGAAGCGCCGCAUGGUAGUAUUACCAAACUGAAAGAAGAUGAGGCAGCCGAUCUCAGAGACGAUUUUGACAAAGCACUCAAGGGCGUCAAUUCUCAAUUGACGCACAUAACCCUCAUUCAGUUGGAUACCGGCUACCAGCUGCAAACGCUGCUGUAUUUCAGAGAGUCUUGCGACCGCUUGAUGGAGGAAGAAAAGUGGGCUGACUAUGUGGAGCUGCCCAAGCUUAUUGCCAAAAGGGCAAAGCUGAUGGGGCUGUCUGCGAGCAAGGGGGACAUCACAAUUAGCAUUCAUGUCCCGAGCAGAGAGCCAUUGGUAGAGGAGUGUAUCACACUUUCCAAUGGGAAGAGGCCUGAUGAUGCAACGCUGAGGGUUGUCUUGACCAAGCACGGGCUGCCCGUCACCGAAAGUGCUGUGGAGGACUUGCUGGCCAGGUGUAUCAGAAGUGUCGUGGUGAAACUGACAGAAGGUGCACGGGGUGCUGCCAGCAAGAAUUGCCAAAAAUGCUGCAAGCCACAAACAAUAGGUAGCAAGAGGUUGAUUUGCAGCAGGUGUAUGCGCGCGUCCUACUAUAGUAAGGAGUGCCAGCAGGCAGACUGGAAGAGGCACAAGCAGGGCUGUGUGAUGGGUUCCGUAGCUGUCGUUUCACCGAUGGCCUUUGCUAGAGACAAGGAGGAGUUUGAAGAGGCAUACAACACAAAGUCUGUGUUUGGAAAGUAA